AUGACUCCUAUAAUCCUCUUCUUUCUUUCAUCUUUGUUUAUGAAUUCACUGUCUUUGGAAACUAAGCCAGCUAACAUCAACUCCAGAAUCACUGUAAUGGGUUUUGUUUAUUGUGAUAUUUGCUCCAACAACAGCUUCUCCAAACACAGUUAUUUCUUGCCAGGUGCUGAAGUCAAAAUAGAUUGCAAAUUCAGGGCAAUUUCUUCAAAGACCAGGGAGCAGAUAUCCUUCUCAGUGAACAGAACCACAAACAAGCAUGGAGUUUACAAGUUGGAAAUACCUUCUGUUGACGGGAUCCAAUGUGCAGAAGCAGCUAUUGCAUCUUCUUGUCAGGCAAGCUUGAUGUGGAGUUCAUCUGCCAAAUGCAAUGUCCCUGGUUACAGAACCACAUCAGAUGAGAUAGUAAUCAAGUCAAAACAAGCCAAUCUCUGCAUUUAUAGCCUAACUGCACUCAAUUUCAGACCAUCAAAGAUUAAUAUCAACUUGUGUAGAAAUUGAAAGAUGAUUGUCUAAGUUCCUCGUAUAAAAUGGGUUCUUUUCUUUUCUA